AGGUUAUAUUUUAUUCUCAACAAACACCACACAUCAUCGCGCAAAUAAAAUAAAAAUAUAUAUAAAUUUAACAAAUAUAUAAUAGUUAUUUAACUUGAAAAAAAAAAAAUACUAAUACUCGUAUGAUUUUAGUGAGAGAGGGAACCAACAUUCAGAGUGUUAUAUAGCCGAGGUCAAUUCGCCAAGGAUUAGUAUAGCUUGAGUCUUGCAAACGAUACAGACCGAUAAGCCCCGAUACAAAGUAACAAAAUCCACACUCAAUAAUAAAUAUAAAAAAAUUAUUAUUAUUUUAAAAAUGACACGUCAAUUUUUAUUGACAAUUGGAGUGAUCAUGAUGAUGAUGGUGAUUGAUCAAUCAAAAGCUGAUAAUUUUACUGAUCUUAGAGCUGUCUCAACUGGUGUCAAUGAAUUUUCAGCAAAUUUAUACAAGAGUAUUGCAACAAAUAAUGAUAAAAAUAUUAUCACAUCACCAAUAAGUGCUGCAAUUGUUUUAUCAAUGGCAUCAUUUGGUGCUGGUGGUGAUACAGAAAAACAAAUGCGUUCUACAUUACAUUUACCAGGUGACCAACAAAUAAGCAAAAAUGGAUAUCAAUCACUUAUCACUACUCUCAAUAGUGUUAAAAAAGUAAAUUUAAAAUUGGCAAAUAAAAUUUAUACAACAACUGGAUUUGAUAUAGAACCAGAAUUUAUAAAAACAACAUCAGUUAAUUUUAAAUCUGAAAUUGAAAGUAUUGAUUUUAAAAAUGCUGAUUUAGCAAGUAAAAAAAUUAACGAAUGGUGUGAAAAUAAUACUGAACAUCGUAUCAAGGAUAUUAUUCAACCAGAUAUUCUUGGUAAUGCUGCACUUGUAUUGAUAAAUGCUGUCUACUUCAAAGGAAAUUGGAAAAAAAAAUUUGACUCAAGUGAAACAAUUAAUAAAGCAUUUUUUACUGGUGAUAAUUCAAGCAUUGAUGUACCAAUGAUGUACAAGUCAGACAAUUUAAAUUAUGGUACACUUGAUGAGCAUGAUGCACAAUUUGUUGAGAUUGAUUAUGAAAGUGAUAAUGAAAAUGAUGGAAUAAGCAUGAUAAUUAUUCUACCAAAUACUGUUGAUGGUCUUAAAAAAUCAGGAGAUAAAUUAAAUCAAAUUAAUUAUCAAACUGUUCGUGAUUCUGGUUACAGAAGACCAGUUGAAUUGAGACUACCAAAAUUUAAAAUUGAAAGUAGCAUUGAUUUGCAAUCAACUCUUAUGAAGAUGGGAAUGAGUGAAAUGUUUACUGACAAUGCAAAUUUCACUGGAAUAACUAAAAAAGUACCAUUGAAAAUAAGUAAAGUUAUACAAAAAGGUUUUAUUGAGGUCAAUGAAGAAGGAAGUGAAGCAGCUGCAGCUACAGGUAUAAUUAUGAUUAAAAGUUAUCCCGCUCCUCCAACACCUCCAAUAUUUUUUACAAUUGAUAAACCAUUUAUUUUUGCAAUAUUGCAUGGACCAACAAAUACUGUAUUAUUCCAAGGACAAGUUGAUAAUCCAACAUGCUAACAAACUAAAUAUAACCAUUUGAAAAA